AUGUCUAAAGACGUCUUCACGCAAGUAAAGGAGGACCACUCUAUCAUCAAACAACUCUAUGAACAAUUCAAGAAUGAGAAAGAUGAACAUGAAAGACAAAAGAUUGCGAAUACUAUUGUUCGUGAAGUCUCGAUUCAUUCGGCCACCGAAGAAAUUGUUCUUUACCCUGCUUUCGAACAGUUCAUGGAAAAUGGCAAAAGUUUCGCCGAUCAUGCUCGUAAAGAACACCUUGGUAUCAAGAAUAUCAUGUAUGAAUUGGACGGAAUGAAGACCAGUGAUGCUGGCUACGUUCCAAAAUUGGAUUCCGCUAUGGAGGAAUUCAUUAAACAUUCUAAAGAAGAGGAAGAAGAGAAUAUCCCUAAACUACAAAACCGCAUCUCCCAAGAACAAAUCCAAGAACUCGGUCAAAACUGGCAUAACACUCGACCUAUGGUCCCAACUCAUCCUCAUCCAGCGGCUCCAGAUAAGCCACCAACUGAAGCUAUUGUCGGAGCUGCCACUGCGCCUGCUGACAAGCUUCGUGACACUACCCGGGAAUUCGUCGAUGUUCAUCGUACCUAA